CUUUCUCUAAACAUUCCAGCCAACUCGGUUCCUCUGCAUGAGGGCUUUUCCACUCCGCCUGUCAUACUCACAUAAGCACACACUCAGUGUUUCUAAUCAGUCUCCUCCGGUCUUUAAGAUGAGAGCUCUGCAGCUCCUCGUCCUCGUUCUCUCAGGCCUGGUGGGGGCACAGCAGCAGGCCCUUAUGGACUACUUGGAGAGAAGACUCCUUGCUAUUGAGGAUCGCAUCUCCUUGUGGCAUGAGCAGACCAGCCGCUACGCCUCAGAGCUGCGCGAGUUCAAGCAGCAGAUGGUGGCACAGCUAGAGGGCCUGGACAAGAGCAAGGAGGCGCUGCGGAGCGAGUUGGACACAGUGGGUACACGCGUAGACCGUGUGGAGAGAGAGAUGGACUACCUAGAAACACAGAAUGGAGCGCAGCCUUGCGUGGACGUGGAUGACAAGCUGGUGGAGCAGCAGGUGACGGUUGUCAAGGAGAGGAAUAAAGCCAAGUACGCCAAGCUCACAGACUGUAGUGACAUGAUCUACAGCAUCAAAGCCAUGAAGAUCCUCAAACGAGUGGGUGGCAAAGGAAUGUGGACCAAGGACAUGGGAAGCGCCACCGGGAAGGUGUACAUCUUAAACGGGACAGAGGAUAAUACCAUGUAUGAAUUUGGUACAGUCCGUGAAUUCACUUCCUCCCAAGGCACUUCUGCAGCCACCAGUGUCCAGCUCCCUUCAGCCUGGCGCGGUAUGGGUCAUGCCAUCUACAACAACCACCUGUACUAUCUGAAGCAGGGUGAGGAGAUGAAACUAAUAAAGUUUGAUCUUCAGAAGAACAUAGUUGUAGACAGUGCCGUGUUUCCAGCUAAAAACCAGCUCCCCGUGUACGGCCUGAAUCCUGAGACCUUCAUCGAUUUAGCAGUGGACGAAGAGGGUCUGUGGGCCAUCUACGCCACUCAGGAGAACGAAAGGCACAUCUCUUUGGCCAAGAUAGACCCCAAAACUCUAGACAUCGAGCAGAUGUGGGACACCCCUUGUGUGAGGGAGAAUGCAGAGGCGGCGUUCGUCAUCUGCGGUACCAUCUAUGUGGUCUACAACUCCAAACUACCCAGCCGCUCUCGAAUUCAGUGCGUGUUCGAUGUCAGUGACAUGGUCACGAACGACGACGCUCCACAUCUGUACUUUCCCAAACGAUACGGCACUCAUGCCAGCCUCAAAUACAGCCCUGUGGAGCAGCUGCUCUACGCUUGGGACGAUGGCUAUCAAAUCCUCUACAAACUCCAAAUGAAAAAGAAGCUGGAUGUGUAGAAGGUGUACUGAAGACUGAAGAAAGCAGAGCUGGAGAGGAAAUGCCCAUGUUAUUGGCUUCUUUAUCUUAUGCAACACGGCUGGGUCACACAUCAAUACAUUGAGCUUUGUAGUUACACCGAGAGCACAAUAUAUGAUUGAUUGGACACACUUGUUUGGUUCAGUUGUUUACUAGAAAUCAAUGUACAGGGCUCAAGAAGACCCAUUUUAAAUUUGUUUGCCUGGAGCAGAACUAAUAAAAUGAUUUUAUAUAUUAUGUUAAAAUGAAAUGUGCUGUUAAUAAAUAAUUGUACAAACACUUCAAUAAUUCUGCUGUUAACAAAUCUUUGAAACAAUACUGUUAUAUAUAGGCCUAUCUGCAACAUGAUGUCUGCUGACAUAUCUAAGAUAGUCUAUAAUUUCAUAAUCUACCCUAAAGUGGUUUAUUUUCAGUUAAAAUUAUU